AUGGAAAAGAGAGAGAGCAGGGAGAGGAGGAGGAGGAGGAGUAAGAGGAAGAGAGAGGAGAGCAGGGAGAAGAGGAGGAGGAGGAGAGAGAGGAGAGCAGAGAGAGGAGAGCAGGGAGAGGAGCAAGAGAAGAGAGCAGGGAAAGGAGCAGGAGAAGGAGAGAGGAUAACAGGGAGAGGAAGAGGAGAGAGGAGAACAGGAAGAGUAACAAGAAGAAGGGAGAGGAGAAGCACAGGGAAAGGAGCAGGAGAAGGGGAGAGGAGAAUUGGAAGAGGAGCAAGAGGAAGAGAGAGGAGAGCAGGGAGAGGAGCAGGUUUAUCUGUGUGCCUGAAAAGCAAAGGGACAGAAUGAGCAUCACAUGAGAGGCAGCAGUGAUAAUGCGCUCACAGUUAGAGACAUUUUUCUAAAUCAUAGUAAAAUACGACCACAAGUCUUGAUGUUAUUGAGGACAUUAUUCAAAAUCUUAAAAGACUGAAUGAUUUAUGAUCUGCAGCCUUUUUUGUGUGUAUUCUCAUUAGAAUGAAUGCAAAUCAAACAACCAUGGUUAUGAGUUUCGCUCUCAUUGAACAGCCCUACUUUACAGCAUCUUUGAGUUCCUUGUUGAAUAAUUUCUAAAUGUCAUUAUUGUAUCUCUGGUACGUUUCAUUUUUUCUAAAAAAACAAAUUCAUUGUGUUUUAAAAAGAAAACUACAUUCUGUUUAAAAGAAAAUAGAUUCUUGUCUUUAAUGUCAGUGUGUCCACUGCCACAGCACAGAGCAGCUAAAGGUACAAACUGAACUGAGCGCGUGCAGAAGUGUUGUUUACAUGAGACUCAACUUAAAGAGUGUUAAAGCUGCAUGUACCGACUCGCUCUCAGAGAUAUGCAGUCCCUCUUUUCACACGGCCUCACAUGUUCUCUCAUUCAUGCCUUCACACUAAGUGUCACCCACCCACACACACAUACACACACACACACACACACACAAACACACACAGUAGACAGAGCUGUAAGUCUUACAGGGUGAUACACACAUCUGGAUCAUCCAUAUCGUGGUGCAAAGCUAUCGGCCACCUCACUGCUUGUUUAUCUUGAUCGACCCCAGGCUGUCAGCAGAAAACAGAGACACCAACAGUAUUUCUAAAUCACACACACACACAAACACACACACACACACACACACACACACACACACAGACUCACACUCACCUCUCCUCCUCUCACAGCCGCUCCAUCCGUACAGGAUUUACACCUCCCACAUGCUUUAACUCGCCUCAUCCUUUCUCUUACUCCCUCUUCCUUCCCUCUCAUCUUCGCUCCUUCCUUCCUUCCCUCCUUCCUCUCUCCUCUCCAGUGCAGACAGACCUGUCCGACCAGCACCGACUCCUUCCCUCCCUUCCCCGGCACACUGCUCCCACUCAGCCAAUUAGCAUGCUCACUUCACCAAGCCCCGCCUCCUGCCCCUCCCUCUGCCUCUCACAUGCAUGCUGAGUCAGUGAGGAGUAUUAAAGUGCUGCUGAGGGAGGGGGGAGACGAAGAGUUUGAAUGCACUCAGCCAAGCCGGACCCCUGUACAUGUAGACAGAGGAGGAAAAUAUGAGUGUAGGAUGUGA